GGACGAGUUGAGAGAACAUUUGAAGAACGCUCCCAAGAUGAUCAUGACUCAGAACCAGGAAGUGGAAUCCUCUGACUCCUCCUCGUCCUCUUCGUCCUCCUCUUCUUCAUCUGCCUCCUCCUCCUCAGACUCAUCCAGCGAAUCAGAUUCAGACUCCUCAGACUCCUCCUCCAGCAGCAGCAGCUCAGAUUCGGACACCAAACACAGGAAAAAGAAGAAGAGAAAAGAACAAAGUGAGGAGAAGAAGAAGAAGAAAGAGAAGGUCAAGAAGAAGAAGAAGGACAAACCCUCUGACAAGAAGCGAGCCGGACGCAAGAACGACGGCGAGGAUGACAGCGACAACGAAAAACAGGCAAGGAAGGACAGGAAAGGCCGUGCGCGUGAGGUGGAGGAGCGCGAGAGUGCGCGUGAGGUGGAGGAGCGAGAGCGUGCACGUGAGAUGGAGGAUCGAGAGCGUGCACGUGAGGGAGCCCGCCGUAGCAGACGGGACGAUAGAUCACAAGAAAAGGAGCCGGAGGAGGAGAGGAGACAAAAAAUGGACGUUCAAGCCAGACAAAGAGACGGAGAGAGGGACAGAGACCGAGACAGAGGGAGGGAGAGAGAGAGAGAGCGAGCAAGAGAAAGGGAGACUGAGGAGAAGAGAGAGAGGGAGAGAGAGCAAGAGAAGCCGAGGGAUAGAGAGAGGAAUAAAGAGAACAGAGACAGGAACAGAGAGAGAGAAGAGAGGAGGAGGAGAUAAAACUCUUCAUGCCUCCGUCCUGAUGAUAAUCUGAUGACAAGUCUCCAUCUUUUCCUUAGGUCAUCCCCCUCUUCUUUACCUCACCCUGUCACUCUGGUGUUUUGGAUUUGGGACCCAUCUCUCUCUCUCUCUCUCUCUCUCUCUCUCCAUCUGUCUAUCUGUAUUUUCUAUUAUUGAUUUUUGUUGUUGAUGAAAUGUGCAAAGAAAAAAAAAAUUAAAAACUUUCAGAUGUUUUUUAAUCAGGUUUUGUUUCAACUGUUUCUGGCUCAAUAUUUGACUUCACUGUGCUGCUGUCGGUCAUCAGUCUGAAUGGGAUUUAAAUUACAGAAUGUUUGCUGAAAAAGACCCAAUAACUGCUUUAAUUAUUACUCGGGUGGGGUGAAACACUGCCCUGAAAGAAAGAAAUCCAGUCUGAAUUUGUUUAUGCUCUACUACCUCUAUCUCCUUUCAGCUACAUACAUACAAACAUAAUUAAUAUCUGCUACAACUACUGCAGCUAUAGGCACGUACAGUUUUUGGCUGGGAGAAUAUGUUUAAAAGUUGACAACUCCAGUCAUCAGUUGAGAAGAAUAACCUCACAACUGAUGGAAACACAGAGGGUAAUGGAAACGGAGGGCAGUGCUCUCAGCGCCGGUGAUCCCUGAAGUCAGCUAAACCACUUUAGAGCCAGAUGCUGUGCAGCCUCCUCUACUGCCGUCCACUGUGAGCCACUCAUUGGCUGACAGUGCUGCAGGAGAAACGCUCCACAGUGUGUGUCUUGGGGAGACUAAACUAUGACAAGCACGCUUUUUAUUUCUCUGUGGAAAUCUGAUGUUUUCAAAUCACAGAUGAACGAAGGCAUUAAAAUGUGGGUCUCACAGGUAAAACAUGAAACUUGUGUAGGCUGAUAUAGGAGCUAAGUGUGGGCCUCCGAAUGUGCACUAAAGUGACACUGGGCAGAGGAGUGAAGAAUAUAUUUGUCAUAUUCUUGGAUAUAGAUAUUGAAGAAAAGACAUAAGUCAUAAUGUUAAGUGAAAAAUGAUUAAAAAAAUAAAAGAAAAAAGAUGAAAACCUGUAUUUGAAUUGUAUUUGUCAUACUGCCUGGGGCAGCUCCUGACAAGAUGCAUAGUGACCUCUGUUGGAAAAAAUGCCCGUGUAGUAGAUAAAACAUGAUCAAGUGCCCUCUACAGUGAC